UGCACAGCGCAGGCUAAAAUCUAACGAAGCCUGUAAUUUAUUUUGUUUACGCUGCUCUUGCUUUAGUUAUCUUCCUUGUUGUGCACAAGUCGAAUGAAUCAACCGGCUAGCCUCCCGUUCAGAAUGCCAUCGCCAGUGGAAGAAUUCAUAGAUGGGACGCCGCUUGCUACAAUACAGGCUGAACUAACUGAUGCUGCCCCAUCGCCAGGAACUUUGUUGACCUCCAACGAAAAUGCAUUUCUGGUCGCAGUUCGAAGGAAUGAUCUUGAAAGUGUUCGAACUAUGGUCGCUCCACGCUCACAUGAUCACAGUUCCGGUCAUCUCAAACCCGAGAUGGAGCAACAUGAGAGAGGAAUUGACGUGAAUUGUAUGGAUAGUACAGGAGAAACAGCGCUUCAAAUCGCUGUUAAGAACGACUCAAUUGAGAUGAUACGGCUUUUAUUAAAAAACGGCGCCGAUGUAGGGGCAGCUUUGCUUCAAGCGGUCAGUAAAGACAAUGUCCUUUAUGUCAAGGCACUUCUUGCAUAUGAGAACAACAACGACCGGUUUUCAAGACGCUCAUCUAGCUGUGUGAAUUUGUCAAAGAAUACAAAUGACAGCAACAGAUACAUGACCCCCCUGAUUCUGGCUUCACACAAUAACAGCUAUGACAUUGUAAAGCUUCUAUUAUCCAAAGGUCACACUAUUGAUAGAGUCCAUGACAGGGGGUGCCUCUGCCCUUGGUGUCAAUCACUUGGACGGAUUGGGACCUCGCUACACCGACUUUACACCUACCGCGCCCUUGCAAGCCCUGUAUACAUGUCACUGACAUUCUUGAGCUGUGUAGAAGCGGAGCAUCUUACUGAUAAGAUAGAGGCUAGUAAGAAAGACCCUGUGCGACAGGCGUUUGAAUUGAAUAAAGAGCUGGUAGAGUUGGCUGACAUUGAGUAUGAAUUCAGGUCAGACUACUUGCAACUAUCACAGCAGUGUGAGGAGUUUGCCGUGGCACUACUAGACCAGUGCCGAGACAUGUCAGAGAUUGAGCAAAUGAUGAGUGUGCCAGAUAUGGAUGGGGCGCUGACAAAGAACGGGUCUAAAUCACUGGGUGUCCUGGAUUAUGCUAUUAAUAACAAAAAUGGCAGGUUUGUUGCUCACCCAUACUGCCAGAUGAUGCUCAACUCAGUUAUCUACGGCGACUUCCAUACCUGGGAGAAGAUGGGAGUCACUCUAAAGAUCUUGUUCGCCCUUCUCUUUACAAUCUUCAUCCCAGUCUGGGCCAUUGUCUAUUUUUUCACUCCCACUAGCUGCCUGUCGCAGAAGCUUGCUACACCUAUAUUGAAGUUCAUCAUGCACACUGGCGCCUUUGGCUUGUUUUUAUUACUUCUUAUCCUGUCAUCUGUUGAGGAUUUAUUCUUUGAUCCUCUUAGAAUAACACCACUAGACAUUCUAAUAACCAUCUGGAUUUUUGGACUCAUUGUGCAAGAGCUGAAAGACAUGUGGCGUCAAGGCAAAGAGCGCUACCUCUCCCAGUGGUGGAAUCUUGUCACUUUAGCUAUGCUGGGGUUAUUUAUCAUCUCGGGUAUCCUGUGGGUUGCUGGUUCUGCACUGUCUGUUAGCAAGGAGGGAUCCUUGGCAGUGUCCUUCCAACAGGUUCUAGGUCUCACCGAAGGCAUCAAGGAAUCGUACCGCUUCAUUCUCCUAGCCAAUGCCUUCUUCACCAUAGGUGUUCUCCUCGCCUUUUUACACUUCUCCAAUGCUGUCCAAGUGAAUUCUACGCUCGGGCCUCUCCAGCUCUCUCUUGUCAAGAUGGUCAAAGACAUCCUUAAGUUCCUUCUACUUUUCUUCUUGAUCUAUCUGGCGUUCGUGGUAGCUUUGAGGAGAGUCUACUCGCAGUAUGUUUGGGCGGGAAAAACGUUCCUCAACCAGACUUCAACUACAUCGGAAUUCGCUAGCGUUCAAGGCAGUAUGCGUCUCGUCUUUUGGGCCAUUUUUGACAAAACGGAACUUGAAGAGUUCAACACGGACCCAUCCUUUCCGACCAAAAUUACCCAAAGCACUGGCGAGGUCCUAUUCGCGCUCUUUAACAUCGCCUCUAUCCUCGUGGCGAUCAACAUGCUCAUCGCGAUGAUGUCGAACUCUUUCCAAAAAGUGGCGGACUCAGAAGACUUUCUAUGGAAAUUCUCGCGAACCAGAAUGUGGAUGGAAUACAUUAUCAAAGGAAGCGUGUUGCCAGCACCGUUUAGCGUCCUGCCGUCUAUAGCAAGUAUCAUCAAUUUCUUUCGGAGCUCCAAAUACUGCUGUCGGUUUUUCACGGAUGAAGUAAUCACAGAUGGCCCUGGUUUCGUGGAUGAUAACUUCCGCAUCACCGUGGUUCGUCGACUAAUCGAAAGAUACUUCUACAACAUCGAGAAAGCUAAAGACAACACCAAUCCUAGCCAUGUCGGAGUCGAACUUACUGACCUAACACUGCGCAUGCGUGACCUCGUAGAGAAGCUCAAGAAACAUGAAGACGAUCCAGAAAUCCCCGCAGAUAAAAGAAAGGAACUUCAACAAAUUGUGAAGCUUUGGAAGGAAACGGAACGCAAGCACUUACAGAUAGAGUCCGCUUUGUGACUGGUCGCGUUGCCCCUUUGCCACUAAAAUACAUCACUAAAAUACAUAUUGCUGUUUAUUCAGAACAGCUGUAGAAUAGAUUGACCAAGGCAUUCUUAGGCUGCGUAGCAAGCACAAGUUGGGAAAGAAGAGAGGAGACAAGGCGCUCCAUCCUUUUCUCCAAAACUUAUGACCAUAAUGUAUACUAGGGCGUGACUAAAUUAGAUUGCAUACAUAAGUCAAAGAGACAGAAUUGGCUUAAAAGAAGGGGACCUUCCCUGUAUCCCCCUGGGACCCACAAUUGUCCCCUUGUAAAUAGAAUACAAUAACAGAAAUUGAUUUUGUGAGAGUUUGUAACACCCGAACGCGUGCUCCUCCAGGGCAAUUUUUUUUGGCAUUUAUAAAACGCUUAAAAUUGUUAAAACGAAUGUUUAAUAUCCGGCUGUAAGAGCAGCAAAUUAUUUCAUCAUGGUAUUUAUUUUUAGAAUUGUUUCACUUUUAAAUCCCUAACAAGUCAAUAAAUUCUUGUUUAUUUAAUUCGAUAAUUGACCAUAACAUUUGUAUAUGGUUUGAGUAAUAAAGCCAAAACAACGUUG